AUGCACAUGUUGCAUUUGGUGGGGCAGGUCCUGCAGGGUGCCAGCCAGAUCAGAACAAUUGCUUUUGACAAUGCCACGCAGCACGGCCUUAUCAAAGCCAUGCUCUUAGGACAAAAGACUGGCCUGAGCCCUGACGAGCUACGUGGUCUUCCAUUUUGGUCCCGUAUCAGCUACGUGCCUUUUCCAGAGUCCGCGCUGCCUAGGUUUCCAUUCAACAAGCCCUCCGUCGACGGCGAGAUCCUAUUCGGACUGAAUGGUCCAGCUCACCUGCAGAAGAAUAUGGCAGGACAAUGCAGAAGCCCUUCCCGGACAAUUGCCUUCGGACAAUUCUUCACGGACUUCUCCGGAUGUCUUGAUUUGUGCAUGCCCCCAGCUGCAUUUCAGUCCUAUGAUGGGCAGUCAGAUGCUGAAGCAGCAUCUUUCUUCAACGCAUUCCACUAUGUGGCCGACCUGGUUACUGACGUGCGUGAGGUUCGGGUGCCUUGGUCGUUGGUUGGCGCCGUGUUGGUCAACUUGACAUCCUGCCUGACAACGAGCUCAGUCUUCCACCCAGGUUUGACGCCUGCUCAGCGGCUGGAAAAUGCUAUCAGCAGCUUCGUCUUGUUCGAUCUUGGGGCGAUGGAGGCCGAGAGAACCUGUACCAAGCGUGGGCUGCCAAAAGGGAGCUGCUGGAUCCACCGGACAACGCAAGGCAACAUGCAGCAGCUGGCUGGCAUGAUCGCAGUGGCGUGCACGAGCCUAUCCCCGCAAACCCCCUGGUUCCCGUGGCGAUCCUCUGAGUUGCCUUUGGAGCAAUGGUUCGGGUAUCUAAGGAACCAGUUCUCAUCAUCACAGAUGACAGUCAGAGACUUUUUGCAUGCAUCCUGUCGCAAGAUGCGGCAGACGUGCUGCCGGCUGAGCAAAGAUCCACCGCAGCGCCUUCCGCAGGAGCCGGCAGCUGCUGUGACAGACGCGGAGUUUACAGACAUUGCCAACCGGGCAUUGUGGUCAGCGCUUGAGCUCAUGGCCGCAUGCACGGGUGACGCAGCCGAGGCGGUGCUUAAAAGGUAUGUUGCGUACUCUGCGGGCCUUGUGGAGCUGGCCGAGGACUUCGAGAUCUUCGAGGAAGGUGGCGCCUUGACAGGAGAGCAUGAUGAGCUGGAGGACUUCAUGGAGGAUGAGGAUCAAGCUCCGCUUGUCCACAAGGCCUGCGCUGAGGUUUAG